GCGCCCAUUCUUCAUUGAUGCGCAACGUGGUUUGAAAGAUGAACAAGUUACUCUUGAAUCCUUUUGAAAGCCAGACUGUUCCUGAAGUAAUGACUGAAAGGAUUUCAGAAUGCUACGGAAACUGUCUGGCAUUUAAUAGAACAGGAAAUCUACUGGCAGUGGGUAGUUUAUAUGGUAUUGUUGUUAUUGUAGACUUCGACACGUAUGGACCUAUCGUCCAUCUCCGAGGACAUGAGGAAAGAAUUUUGUCUCUUUGUUGGUCUUAUAAUAGUUUUAGUGUUUUAAGUUGUGGAAAAGACCGAACAGUACGGCUAUGGUAUUUGCCUGAUCAAAAGGAGCUGCUAUGUUUGCAAACUCGAGCGAGUCCUUACCACGUGGAAUUCCACCCUAAAAAUCCAGAGUACUGUAUUGUGGAUAUGAGUCAACAACUGCCGUUAUUAGUCAGAAUUGAAGGUCUACAGGGUACUAAGUUAGUUGAUGAACUUCCGGAAGCAGUGAAGAUUGGAGUGUUUGAGGAAACUGAAGUAGAAGAGCUACGACUCAAAGAAACUGCAGAAGAAUCCGGAAGAGUUGAUGGAGAAGAAAUUGUUCGGUUUGACAACGCUGGUUCUAUAUUUUCCUUUACUUUUAAGGGUCUUCAACCUCUCCGAGUUUAUUCUUUGCCUGGCAAAAGUCUCAUACGUCAGGUUGUAAUGGAAAGGCGGAGAAAAAUGUUUGCAGUUAUAACUCAGGAUAGAUAUAUACGCUUGUUCGACCUUGAGUCACUUUUUGAGAGUUUUAAAGAAACUGUUAGUCCUGUCGCACAGUUUACUGAUAUCGUUGGUAGAAGCCAAUGGAGCUGUGCAUGCUUUAGUGGGCAUUCUGAAUAUCUCUUAUGUGGCACCAAAGGCUCUGAACAUAAGAUCUUGGUGUGGAGAAUCGAGGAUGGACAAUUGGAAAAAACUCUAGAGGGACCCAAAGAGUCUAUCGUAGAUUUAGCUUGGAAUCCUCGUAGGAAUACUAUAGUGUCUUGUGGAGGCUCUGGAUCUCUAUAUGUAUGGACGAAGGACUAUACCGAAAACUGGAGUGCUUUUGCUCCAGAAUUCACAGAACUUGAAGAGAAUGAAGAAUAUUUUGAAAGAGAAGACGAAUUUGACUUUGUUGAUGGUAUCUUGAAGGAUCAAGCAGACUAUGCAGAAGAUGAAGAGCAUCCUGUCGACAUUAUUUCUAGCUUGAUUGAUGAUCUCAGUGAUAGUCCUCAUGAUGGAAAUGAGUUUUGUAUGCCUGUUGUUAUCGAUGUAACGAAUAUUGUCGAGGAAACGUUCCACAAGAUGGAAAAUAUAAUCGGAGAAAGGGGAGUUGAUUAUGUGUGUGGGGGGAUUGUUUGUUUGGACCAGUCGACCAUGAGCUCUACCGUCACCGCUAUAGCUAUAGCUGGGUCCAUUAUACUGUCGUUGACUUUUGCAGUCGUCAUUGUAAUUGUGAAGCGAAGGAUGGAAGUUUCCUCAAGAUAUGCAGGCACUACUGGGCAAAACCAGUCGCAUUCACUCCGCGCUCCUCCACUUAUUACAUAUUUCAUUAGUUCAACAGAGAAAGAAGGGUUAUUUCAGAAAGAUAUUGAUCAGCUUUGCAAGGAAUAUAUUUUUGAAGGUGUAGAAAACAUUCAGCGUACGGAGGUUACCGGAUUGCAGUCUUCGGAAGAGAAGACCGUGGACGGGAACACCAACGAAGGUUUCAACAUGAAGGUAGCUUUAUGCUGUAUUUGUCUUGAAGAACUGGAACUCGGUUCCCUUGUCAGAACGUUACCCUGUAAUCAUACCUUUCAUUCGAAGGAAAUUUGCAGAUGGCUUUGCAAGCGUGCAAUAUGUCCAUAUUGCAGAGCGUCGUUUGAAUACGUGGCUUCACUUCCCCAGCAUGAGGAAACAAGUGAACUUGUUUCAAGUGAUAGUCAACUCGACACGAGUCGAACUACUAAUUACAUAGAUACUGGUUUUCAAAGACAAUCUCAGGACUUGUGCCGUCAGGACAAUGCUGUGCGUUCUUUUAUCAUGAUUGUUCCUUAACCAAAGAUAUGUUCCAGACGAUAG